CUCUGUGGCCAUGAUAACCAGGAAGCAAUGGAACUUUGCACCUUUGACAACAAUGAGCAAGUAGAACCCCCUAACUAUAGAAAUCAGGAAGUACUAGAACCUCAUACCCAGGAAAACCAAGAAGUGCUUGAACAUUGUAGCCACAACGACCAGGAACUGCUGGAUUUGUGUAACAAUGGAAACCAAGAAGUGCUGGAACCUUCUCGGCUUGACAACACAGGUUUAAUUAGCAAUGAAAACCAGGAAUUCCUGGAUCUCUGUAGUCAUGACAACCAGGAAGUGGUGGAACCCUAUCGCAAUAUCGCCAAUGAGGAACUACUUGAACCGUGUAACUAUGAUAACCAAGAAAUGCUGGAACCUUGUAGCCUUGGCAAUCGGGAACUGGACUUCUCCUGUCCUGAAAAUAAGGAAGUGCUUGAUUUAGAUAGUAAUGGCGACCAAGACUUGCUGGAUUUUGUCAGCAAAGAAAAUCAGGAAGUGCUAGUGUCAGGUGACCAGGGCAACCAGAAACUUCUGGAUCUCGGUAGCAAUGAAAAUCAGGAUUUGCUAGACUUAGGUAGCCAUGACAACCAGGAGGUACUGGACUUGUUGAGCAAGGAUGUUUUCCCAGAAGCAAACAAUAACCAAUGCUUUGUGGAACCAGAGGUCAGGUCCACCAAUAACAGUUCAGACAGUGACGGGGCACCGGAAGACUUGCUUGGGCUCGAACUCAGUAACACCAGCACCAACAAAUCCAACACCAAUACUGCCAACACCCUCAACGUGGCCGUCAGCAACUUGUCUGCCAACCAGGACCUUGCACCAUCUAAUUCUCCUGCCAGUCACAACUUGUUAGAAGGUGAUCUGGGUUCAGUGUUUGGGGCUGGAGGAUACAUUGGUUGUCCUGAUGUAGCUGACGACCUCGAGCCUCUGGAGAGAAGGCUGGCAAACCCCGUAGCAGAGCCAGUGCGACCUGUCAGGCCAAUCCGGCCUCCUCGGCCCUCGCUCAGGGCCAAGGAGAAGACACAGUCCCAGACUCAGGGCAUCGACCUGAAGUGAUGUCUCACCUGCCAACACUCGUGUGGGGGGGUUACCAUGUCAGCAGGGUUCCCAUGACAACACCGACAACACCAGAGAUCGAGUUGAUGGGGAGAGAAGUAAGAGGAUGAGCGACUAAAUGGAUACAAAGGGGGGUGGAGUGAAGGAGGGGUGAUGAGACAGGAGGGAGAGAAAUCGUUCUGCUGUUAUUUAUUGCAAUAAGUCUAAUUUGGGGGGGGGGUUUAUGUUUCAAAAGGAUAUAUUAAAAUCAGAAUGGAAAUUUAAGAAGUGAUAAAGAUUUAAAAACUCUUAGGUACCAUGGGACUAACUGGCUCCGUAAGAUUGAAUAAUCACCAUUAAUGAAACCUGAUUGGCUCAGGUUUGGAAACAACUGUAUGAAAAUGAACAGCAUUCUCAUGUUUUUACUCCAAAUGAUGCUUGCCAAUCAAUCAUAGUUGAUAUUAAGUCAUUUAUUUACAAAAUCAGCUGCCAACUCACUUUCCGUGUCCUCUGAGUCUCUUAGUCCACCUUACC